CAUGCGCGGUGGGUGUGUCAUGGCGGCUCCCUGGGUACAGACUGAGAGCUGCGGAGCUGACAGAUCGGCCGGGCCUGGCGGGUGUCACAUUCCGGGAGCUCAGUGACAGAGCUGCUGUAUCCAAAAACCAGGAGGAUUCCAUGAAUCUACGUGAUUACUCAACAUCAAGCUCCUGUGCGCUGAAACCGAUACUUGUAGAUCAUUAGCAACAGGUUAAUGAGGAGAGUUGCUGUUUUUUAAGGCUGUGAAUGUCUCUGAAGACAUAGCUUACCUUACUGGUGGAUCUGCAGUAUGUCCUCCCCGAUGUAUCAGGUAUCCGUCACCUUCCACGACGUAGCAGCGUGCUUCUCCGCAGAGGAAUGGGGUUUGCUGGAGGAAUGGCAGAAAGAGCUCUACAAGAACGUGAUGCGGGACAUCCACGAGGCCCUCCAGGCCAUGGGCUUCGAGAUCAUAAACCCAGAUGUUCUUUUCCGGAUUAAGAAGGUUAAGGACAAUUACACAAGCAUCUGUGAUUUUGAUGGCUCCAUAUCCAGUGCAGCUUGUCCUUCUGAAGAACUGGACCAUCUGAUGGCAAUUAAACAGGAACAUGUAGCAGACCAGUGGCGAAGGAAAGGAACGAGACCGUGCCAAGUCACAGCGAGAAGCCCAGAUAUUUUGCUGAGGAUAAAACAAGGGGACCAAUCUGCUUUGAGUGACUUCUCAGAGAGCAGUUCCACCCUGAGUCCAAGUGAACCAGUUGUCACUUCUGUGUUUUCUUUGCAAAUGGAAAAAGAGAAGAAGAAAGAGCUGCAUCCUGCUCACCGUCCAGAUUCACAGACAGCCCAGUUACAGAAGCCUUUCCCAUGUAAGCCACUCAAACAGGAGGAGGUGGACUAUGUGAAGGUGUCUGUGGGAAGCUCUACUCAGGACAGCAUGGUGGUCAACCCCCGAGAGCGAUUCUCAUCCCACCCAAUCAAACAAGAGGAGGUGGAAUAUGUGAAGGUGUCUGUAGGAGGCUCCACUCAGGACAGUACCGUAGUCAGUCCGCGAGGUAAGGAGACCCAGGAGCAUGCCCACUGUAGUAUCGCAGACAUGGUGCUUAGAAAACGUUCUAACCAUGCCGAGAGUGACUCAGCCAUGAGAACCACUGACAUGGAGGAGAUGUGGAUAAGUCAAGCUUCUGGAGACAGAGACCCACACGAUGGACCUAACCAAGAGUUUGGACAGGAAGAUAUGAACCAGAAUGACUUGCCAGCUGAAGACUACAUCUUGAAUGGUUCACUGUAUAAAUGGAGUGGAUGGCAUAAUCGUGUGGGUAUUUUGUCCCCUUUGCCGCAGCACACAAGAGACAGGCCAUAUCAGUGCAAUGAAUGCUCUAAAACAUUUUCAGACCUGGCCCGUUUCCUCAGACACCAGAUUGGGCAUGCCGGUGGGAGACCUUAUCAUUGCCACCACUGCGUGAAAACAUUCAGACAGCCCUACGAACUGAUGGUCCACCAGAGAGUCCACACAGGAGAGAAACCUUAUCAUUGCACUGUGUGUGGGAAAAAAUUCAUCAAGAACUCAAUUCUCAAAGUUCACCAGCGAAUUCACACUGGGGAACGACCGUACAAGUGUACGCUGUGUUCCAAGACUUUUGUGCAGUCUCACCAUCUGAAGACUCACCAAAAAACCCACACUGGGGGCAGGUUACAGAACUACUAGAUGGUUUCUCAAUGUCUCACAUGAGACCUCCAUUUGUGAUAUUUCUGGGGAAGCCCCACUGAAAGCAUUUGUGUGUAUUAUUCUAUUUGUUCCAAAGACCUGGUCUCAAGGCAGAUUCCUAUAAGCCACUUUAAUCUUUCUGAUGUAGAAACCAAUUUAACACCAAAGAAUAUGCAGUUUAAGCACUCAACUCUACCACUAAGUUGAAUGUUACAAUUACUCAGCAGGUGAGAAUGUUCACUUCACUCUUCGGGCCUGCAUCUUGACCUAAAGGACUCAUUGUAAAGACUGUAAUGAAGCAGUGAAAUCCUUUUGAUUUGUAUUUUGUGAUAAAUAUUGUGGUCUGAAUUUUAUACAGAUCUGUUUGGUGUGUUGAGGUUCACCAUGGUCUAUUUUGAAUGUUAGACAUUCGAGGCUGUCUUAUUUUUAUGUGACCAUACAUGAAACUCGUCAAAGAACAUAUACAUCUUCAAACUGCAAAUUGUCUGGCACACCAAUUAUCAUAAAUGAGAUUUCGUCGGCCGCAAAGGCAAAUAAGGCUUUACUUUGGUAAUGACAAAAGUCAGGGAUAGUAAUAUAAUUUUUCUUCUUGCUGGUAGCUGUCUGAAAACAGAGUGUCUUGAGUAUUCAGAAAUAUCGUGCAAGAUUAAAUGGGCUCUCUCACCCAGAACUGUACAAAUUUAUUCAAAAUCUAUAAUAAAUGAUGGUUGGUACAUAUAACGAUCAGAAAUACAAAACAUAUACACAUCACAUUUCCCGUUUCCAUUUAGGAAGUUGGCCAGGGCAGCUCCAUACUUAGCUCUUGCUCAGUAGCCUGUUUGCUCCGUUCCUCCAGCAAAGCUAAGUGUCUACAGAACGUCUGAUCUACCUGUUCCCCUGCUCUAGCACUGGAUUCCAAGUAACGGCUUUUAUUUAUGAUAUCUGCUAAUCUACACAUUUGCUAGCUUUAUUUCUAUGUUAACAUAGAACUUGACCCUGUUAUAGUUCAAGUCCUGCAUAUUUAUC